GAGCUGGAGCCGGUUGCAUGCUUCAAGUUCAGAUCCUGUCAUCACACAUACACAGGUACAGGAGAUGGCUGCUAGAAGCAUAGUGUUUGUGACCGGGAAUGCCAAGAAGCUGGAAGAGGUUGUCCAGAUCCUCGGAGACAAGUUUCCAUGUAAAUUAGUGGCAAAAAAGAUUGAUUUACCUGAGUACCAAGGAGAACCAGAUGAAAUCUCAAUUCAGAAGUGCAAAGAAGCAGCAAAAGAGAUCCAGGGCCCAGUCAUAGUUGAAGACACGUGUUUGUGUUUUAAUGCUCUCGGAGGCCUUCCUGGCCCAUAUAUAAAAUGGUUUCUUGAGAAGCUAAAACCUGAAGGUUUACAUCGGAUGUUGGCAGGAUUUGAUGACAAGUCAGCCUAUGCCCUCUGCACAUUUGCUUACAGCACUGGAAACCCAGAUGACCCUGUACUUCUCUUCAGAGGCAAAACCCUGGGGCAAAUAGUAUCUCCACGAGGGCCACGGGACUUUGGAUGGGACCCAUGUUUUCAGCCAGAUGGUUAUGAGCAGACGUAUGCAGAACUUCCAAAGGAAGUGAAGAACAGCAUUUCUCAUCGGUAUAGAGCACUAAAGGAAAUGUCAGAUUAUUUCAUCCAGAAUAAUACUCCCAAGGCAUAAAUUCU